UAAAAGUUAUUAAUUGGGGGUGUGGUUGCCUGUUAAGAUGUCUCUUAGACCUGGUGUGGUGGAUUUUGACGAGAAAUGGAAAGACUUGAGUGCCACAAUAAGUGCCGUGGUGGAACUGAGGCCAGUAAAAAGACUAACCUGGAAUAAUAACAUAUCUGAUAUAUAUGCUUUGUGCGCUGCACUCCCUAAGUCUUUUGCAGAGAAACUUUACGAAUCAACUCGUUCACUUCUAGAGGACUCGGUCACUGCACUAGCCGAGGAGAUUAUAGUGUUGGAUUCAAGAUCGUUAUUUUGUCGAUAUCAUUACAGCUGGUCCCUUUACCGCCAGGGAGCUCAUUAUUUGGACAGUUUAUUUUCAUAUUUUAACAGAGUUCAUCUCAAUAAGUAUAGACCUCAGGAUUCUUUAGAUUACAAUGUUCCUGGAAUUAUUUUACCGCCAACUUCACCAGUUGAUCCAAACGCACCAGUAGAAAUUAGAAAUAUGUCAUUAAAAGUUUGGCGCACAAGAAUGAUUGACGUCAUUGAGGAAAAAUUAAUAUCAGCUGUAAUUAAUGAAGUUGUUAAAGAAGGCAAUCAAAGUGAUUUAGGGAUGGCCCAUGAUGUCUUACAAUCUUUCAUUGAAGUUACGGAAUAUGAUAAAGAGAGACCUUAUGAGUAUUAUCAAAGAGUAUUUGAAGACGUGUUUCUGUCAGAGAUAAGUUCAAUAUAUCGUAAACUAGCCUCACAGCUGGUAACUGACCUCUCCUAUCCACAGUACAUCAAAGAGGCUGUGAGUCUAUUGCAAAUUGCAAAGAUUAGAGGAGAGAAAUUUUUACACCAAUCAUCAAUAAUUAAAUUUGUACGUGAAUGUGAAAUGAAACUGGUUACUGACCAGCUCCAGUAUUUAUUGUCAUACGUUCCUCAAAUGAUGAGGUCUGAGCAGUUUGAGAACCUGUCAAACCUGUUUAUUCUACUGAGUAGAAUACCAAAAACACUUGAAACUCUAAUUAAAGAAUUUAAGGAAAAAGUUACCAAUGAUGGCUUGGUUUGCAUUAAAGCAUUCAUGUCAUCAAAACAAUCUGUUGAGGCCCUGGAGUUCAUGACCAUCAUUCUAAACGUCUAUUCUAAAUAUAAAGAUAUUGUCUUUGACGUUUUUGGUGGAAACAAGUCAUUUCUAAAUGCACUGAACGAGGGUUGCCGUGGUUUUGUUAACUAUUCUGAAGGACAUCAGCAACACUGUCAAUCACCAAGACUGUUAGCUCGCUACACUGACCAGCUAUUAAAGAAAGGUACCAAAGGAAUCACUGACACUGAACUUGAAGAAAAGCUUGAUGAUACUAUUACCGUCUUCAAUUUUAUUGAGGACAAGGAUACUUUUCAAAAGUUUUAUUCGAGAAUGUUGUCAAGACGACUCGUGUACGGUUUCUAUGUAUCAAUGGAAGCUGAAGAAAACAUGGUACAAAAAUUGAAGCAUGUCUGUGGAUAUGAGUACACAGCCAGACUCCAGAGGAUGCUUAUGGAUAUAACACUUAGUCAAAACCUUGUGACUGAGUUUCACGAGAAAUUAAAGAGUGACAAGGAAAAGGAGACAAUCAGUUUUUCAACUUUAGUACUUCAGUCAGGCGCUUGGCAGCUGUCACAAUCUCCAUGUCCCUCCAUUGUGUUACCUCAAGAACUUCUAACGUCAUUAAUUAAAUUUGAAGGAUUUUACUCCUCAAGGCACUGUGGAAGGCACCUGUCAUGGUUACAUCACCUAGCAACAGGUGAAUUGAAGUUACAAUAUCUCAAGAGAUCCUACUUCGUUACCAUGACAACCUAUCAAAUAAUAAUCCUCUUAUUGUUUGAGACUAAAGAGAGCCUAGACUUACAGACUAUGAGCAGCUGGACUCAGAUUGAAGAAAAAGAGUUAAAACCUACUGUCCAAUCACUAGUUGAUGCGAAAAUAUUAAUAAGCACUGGACAGGAGCUGUUGCUAAAUUUUAAUUAUUCGAACAAGAGAACAAAGUUCAAAAUAUCAGGCCAGCUGCAACGAGAGACUACCCAAGACAUUGAGCAAACACAUCAAAUGGUACUGGAGGACAGGAAGAUGUUUAUACAGGCGGCCUUAGUAAGAGUAAUGAAGCACAGAAAGAUUUUAAAACACAAUCAAUUAAUUGAGGAAGUUAUAUUAUUAAUAAAACACAGAUUUUAUCCAAAUAUUUCUUUAAUAAAGAAAUGUAUUGAGGCUCUUAUUGACAAGCAGUAUAUUGAAAGAGACGCAGAGUCAAGAGACACGUAUCAUUAUAUUGCUUGAGUAUUAUCAUUAUUAUUAUUAUUAUUAUUAAUAUUAUUAUUAUUAUUAUUAUUAUUACUUUUUAUUAUUUCAAUUAUUCCGCUGUUACAACAGUGCUUUGAGAGGCAAA